AAUGUCCGCUUCCUUUCCUUUCUCCUGUCAACCAAGGCAGCUCCUCUGUUUCUCACUCUGUUUCCUCUUCACCCAUGGAGCACUCCGAAAAGGCUGCGUUUUCUCCAAUUUCCGUUUCCACUCCUCCAUUCUCAUACUCACCCACCUCCUCUUCUUCUCCUCCUCCUUCCCAUCACUCUUCUCCAACUAUCCCUCCUCUUCCUCCUCCUCCUUCUUCUCCUCCACCGGUCAUUCUCAGCCCCUGCGCCGCCUGCAAAAUCCUCCGCCGCAGAUGCGUCGAGAAGUGUGUUCUGGCUCCAUAUUUUCCCCCAACUGAACCAUAUAAGUUCACAAUUGCUCACAGAGUCUUCGGUGCUAGUAACAUCAUCAAGUUCUUGCAGGAGCUACCGGAAUCUCAAAGAGCAGAUGCAGUGAGCAGCAUGGUGUACGAAGCAAACGCCAGGAUUCGUGACCCAGUUUACGGCUGCGCGGGAGCAAUCUGUCAGCUGCAGAAGCAAGUAAGCGAGCUUCAAGCGCAGCUGGCCAAGACGCAGGCAGAGCUGGUCACUAUGCAGUGCCACCAAGCCAAUUUGAUUGCACUAAUCUGCAUGGCUAAAGAACCCAUCUCGCAGCAACCGCAGUUGGUUGAUACUACCUGUUUUCUGGACGAAACCAAUCUUGGCUCACCUUGGGAGCCUCUAUGGACAUGAAGAAAUUAAAAAAAUAAAAAAAAAUUAAUUAACUUCUUGGUAGAUGAAAAUACAAUAAAUUGAUUGGUAUGGUAGUAGAUAUGUGUCAUUGAUUUAGUCAUGUUGACAAAGGCAAAAUUACAACUUUGAAAAGGGAACUGAGAUUGAUGGGUUUCUGUUCAUCAAUUUGUAAUCUUAUGGAGGGAAGAAAUGUGGAUAGAAGAGAGUGGAGAAAGUAUUUAGGGGUAACAGGAUAGGGAAAUGAAGAUGUGUCUUUAUCCUAGAGUCUGCUAAUUCUUAAAUCAGAGCAACUUUGGUUACCUAAUUUUAUCUUUUAGAAUAAAUAGUAGGUUGUUAUUAGUUCCGUUGUCAAUCUAGCUCAGCUAACAUGACUCAUAAUUCCAUCUUCUCAAAGUUCACUUUUGUGUAAGCAGUUGGGCACUCACCCAGUGAAUCAGCUACGAGGCUAUUGGUUCUGAUUCCCUUAGUCACAUUCCUCUCUUCCCCCAACCUAUGUAAUACCAUUGCUAUGGUUCAAAAAAAAAAAAAAAAGCAUGCUUGGAAAUCUGUGGCAACAACUUGACAAUCAACGGCAGCAUGAAAUUUGAAACAAACUGAUUAUUCUGUUGAUUCUGCCAAUUAUUCUCUUGGAAGUUCGCAACAAACCAACAACCUUGCUGCAGUAGUGGAAAUAACCACUCAACCUUAUCCAGAGAGAUUUACUCCAACAACUUUCAACUAAUGAAAUAUCUACCAACAUGGAUGACACGUGGCAUCAUUAUACUAUUUUGCAAAAAUGGGUGUAAAUAAUAACAAUUUGAAUUC